GUUCACGUCACAAUCAAACCCGGAAAGACAGUAACAGCUCCUUUCAAACAAUCUUCAUCCCUUUCGUACAAUAGCGAAACAAAGCUUGCCAAGAAGCUCAGGCUUUGGACAGACAUGCAGCACUGACACACCUACAGACCGAGAGACCUGACGGACAGAGUCCAGCUGGCCAGUCAUGGCAGCAGCAAGCGGAACAGAUGUGUGCAGGACUUUGAUCUAGUACCGCAUGGAGAUAAAUGACAUGGAGCCAGAUGUCUUCAAAGAGAUGAUGUGCUUCAUCUACACAGGCAAAGCCCCCAACCUGGACAAGAUGGCCGAUGACCUGCUGGCUGCAGCUGACAAGUAUGUUCUGGGGAGGCUGAAGGUGAUGUACAAGGAUGCUCUGUGCACAAGUUUGAUUCUGGAGAGUGCCGCAGAAAUCCUCAUCCUCGCCGCCUUGCACAGCGCAGACCAGCUCAAGACGCAGUCCGUGGACUUUAUCGGCUGUCACUCAGCUGAUGUAAGGGACACAUCCAGCUGGAAGUCCAUGGUGAGCUCUCAUCCCCAUCUGGUAGCAGAUGCCUUUCACCCCCUGGCCUCAGUUCAGUGCCCUCUCUGCAUCCCCCACGAAACCAUCUGCAGAAACCCAACACCUAAACCAAGAUCUUUGCUGGAUGUGGCUAGAAGGACCUCCUCAGCUUGGUGGCCCAAAGAUUUACAGGACUGUUGCGCCAGAGGAGGAAAAAAGAUGCAGCCCAGAUCUCUGUUGGACAAAACAUCUGUUCGGCCUCUGAGGAAGUUCAGGGGAGCGAUGAUGAAAACCGGAUAUCACCAGCCAUGCCUGGCACUUCGACUGCCCGCCGGCUGGGAGGCUGGUGGCCCCUCAUCUGUCAGCUCCAUCCAUCAGGAAGUUGACUCAAACUCUGUGUAUUUGGGGAUCAGCCUGAAAAACAAUGUUUACAUCAUGGUGCAGGCCUUCUGGACGGAGCAGAUGGUAGGAGAGGGCCAGGAGGAGACGUCCUCUAACCUGGGAGCCCAGCCAGACUGGGCCCACAGCAAAUGCCUGAUGCCUGCCUAA